AACAAAAGAAUCAGUACUGUUAAUCUUGGGUUCACCACACUCUAUUGAAGCCAUGUAUGGAUCCGAUGAUGAAAGCCAAGACACCGUGCCCAAAUACUUCACUGUCAAAUCGAAGUCGAAUGGUCGAUAUCUUCGUUAUAUUAACAACGAUAAGAUCAUGCAUGGAUUUCUCAAAUUCUCUGGAACUCAUGUGGUGAAUCCAUUUGCUAAGUUUGAGGUCGAAAAAGCUAAGGAGAAAUCCAAUAAGGGUCUCGUGCAUAUCAGGUGUUGUUACAACAAUAAAUAUUGUGUUCGUUGGUCGGGUAAAUCCAAGUACAUCGUUGCAACGGCGAACGAACCUAAUGAAGACAAAUCAAAAUUCUCAUCGACGUUGUUCGAGCCCAUCAAAGACCACGAUCGAAAGGCCUUUCGUUUCAAACACGUGCAACUUGGCCAAUAUCUUCAGCUACGACAACACUUAAGCAGCCAAUUCCAAGACGCCUUGUUCGCUGGCAGCUCCGGAUUCGAACAUGACGAGUCGGAUCUGUUUCAAGUGGUUGAUUGGUCCACUCUCUUCAUACUUCCAAAGCAUGUGGCGUUCAAGGGCAACAAUGGUCAUUAUCUCCAAGUCCAUUCUUCUGGGACUAAAUAUUUGGAGUUUUCAGGAUCCGAUGUGGGAGAUCCAAGGGUGGGGAACCAAAUCUUCACCACGGCUGAUGGACAUGUGAGGAUUAAAAAUGACUAUUUGGGUAAAUUUUGGAUUCGUGAUCCUAAUUGGAUUCAUGCAAAAGCCACUGAAACUGAUUUUGACGAUCCGAACACGCUGUUUUGGCCCGUUCGACUUGGUGAUGGCCAUGGCGUAGCGCUUCGCAAUCGAGGAAACGACCGAUUCUGCAAGAGGCUGACUACGGAGGGGAAGGAUAAUUGUUUGAAUGCUGCUGAAACCACCAUUGGGGCUGAGGCAAAGCUCGAGAUUGAAGAACUUGUCAUUUCGAGGGCGAUUUACGAUGUGAAUUUUCGAGCUUUAGAUGCUCGAUAUUAUGACGAGACGCCCAUGACAAUGAUAUCUAAAGAGAUGGUGAACAAGAACAGCGAACCGGAGUUGCAAAAGCUGAAGCUUCGGUACGAAGAUUCGAAGUCGUCAACAUGGUCAAACUCGGUCGGGACGAAGUUAGGGAUGAAAAUAUCAAUUGAAGCAGGGAAUCCAGAGAUUACGAGUCAAGAAGUGUCAAUUUCUGCUGAGUUCAAAAGAGAAGUAACAUGGGGAGAAACUACAGAAACUGUGUCUCGAAGGGAGGUGGAACAUCAAGUCACAGUGCCACCAAACUGUCGGGUGAAGGCCCAAGUGUUGGCCACUAAAGGGUUUUGUGACAUCCCUUACUCGUACACUCAGAGAGAUGUUCUUACCAAUGGAAAAGUCGUAAUUCAACACUUUGAUGAUGGGAUUUACAUUGGAAGCAAUUGCUAUAACUACACCUUUGUGACUGAUCAAGAAGCUCUGUGAUUGAAAGGAUGUGGCAAUGGAAUUGAAUCCUUAUCAAGUCUUCUUAGUAUUAAUGUACUAAAUAAUGCUGCCAUUUUUGCAGCUUUGUUUUUGUUUGUUUUAGUGUGUUUGAUAAACACUGUUUUGAGGCCAAUAAAAGUGAUGCAUGUCCUCAUUUUAAUUA